AUGGCAGCCGGUCUUCCAAGAACCUACAACGGAACGCGGACGCUUACUCUAGUACAAACAGAUCUAGAAGAUACCGGACAAGAUUCGGCCAACGAGGAAAGUUCUAGGUCGGCGAUUGCUGGUACACUAAUCCUACGAGGUGGCAAUAUCGCCCAAGAUAGGAAAGUAAAAUGGGACGAGAGUGUGAUUGACAAUGAAGGCGCGAACAAAAAAAAAUCAAAAAUUUGCUGCAUAUAUCACAGACCUCGUGCGUUUGGGGAAUCUUCCGAUGAUUCAGACAGCAGUAGCAGUGGUACUGAUAGCGAGUCAGACCAUGGCCAUUGUCAUGAUGAUCAUCACUGUCAUAACGGCCAGGGCAAACGAAAACACAAAAGUCGAUUAGACAAGCGUCCGAACGCUUAUGAACGACAACCGCGAUACAAGGACAGAUCAAAACCACCCACUGGAUCCACUUAA